GCAUACUCGAUUCAAAAAGUCUGUCAUCUGUCUGAAUCAUCAGCACCAUAUUCAUAAUGCGUAGGGAGUAUGCAAAUUUCAUCUAGUACCGAAAAGUUCAACUUCGACCUUUCCGUCUGGAAGCGAGAGUAGCGUUCGUCUCUGAGGUCUGCUAAACGUGCCCCUCUUGGUGGGCAGUGCGUGAGUACUGCUCCGUCUACUUCUGACUCUUCGGCACUAGUCGCUGGCUCUUGGACCAAGAGCUGCCGCAGUUGGGAAAGAAUCAGAGAUACCGUAAUACUACGUAGGUGGCGCACAUCCUUGUGGACUUUUUUCCUUCAACUAUUCAACACGGCUUUGGGGGAACUGCCCAUUGUCCUGCGCUGAGGCCUACACGAUUUCUUGACCAGGAGUCGACUGACCUUUCGAAGUGGAGGCACCUGAAUCCUGUAAAAACAAGUCGAAAUAAAAGCAGUACUAAUAGUAGUUCCUCCUCCUUCUUCCCCAAGCCCCCCUUUGCUUCGUACUUCCGACAUCCUGUAGUUCAACACAUUCCAAUAGCGUGUUCAAAAUGGCGAGUCCAAUAUUGCAACUUUCUCCUACGAAGGAGAUAGUCUUUACGGGGACCAACUUCGCGGAUAAGACACAUAGCACAGAACUUAAGCUCACGAACCUCUCAAAUGGGAAUGUGGCUUUCAAGGUACUUCUUAAUACACUUCGGAAUUUUUCAAGUUCUACUGGAUUUUAGCUUGUUCAAGGAAAUAGGUAUGGCUAGAUUGGCCUCAUGAUUUUCGUCGUCCUAAAUUUGAACACCUGGUUGUAUCGGGUUUUAUUUAAGGACCAAGACUAUUUUGAUCAUCGUCAUGAUCCUGAUCAUGUCCUAUCACGACGAAAACAAAGGUAAAAACGACUGCGCUAAAGGCAUACUUGGUGCGGCCAAGCAGUAACAUAUUGAAGGCUGGGGAGUCAGUAGAUGUCCAGAUUAUGCUCCAGAGACUGUCAGAAGUGCCACCGAACAGUAAGCACAGGUAGUAGUGUUUGGAAUACGUUUUGGUUUUUGACGAGCAAGUUUGUAUAAGUAGCAUUUUGAAUUCUCAUGAUUUUGAUUUUUCUAGUAGUUAACUAAGCAAUAAUUGAAGAAGAAACAAGGCUAGGUGGCUUACCCCGCAGUUCACUCUCUGUCUCCAAAAAAAAGACAUACAACCAGUAUCCCCUUGAUAUUCACAAUAGGUUUUUGGUGCAAGCGGUGGAAACUACCGAAAGUUCAUUAGACAGUCGAGAGAGCUGGGCAGAACUGGUAAAAGACAAGGCGGUAACAGAGUUCCGACUGAGUGUGGUUUUCCCAGACGUAAAUGGGACAUCAGGCGACGCAGCAGCAGAAGGAAGGACGCAGUAAGACAAGUUUUCUUCGCUUCUUUUUUCCAAUCUCUUUCCGGUGUUGCCACCUGUCGCGGUCGCGCGUGUUGGGUUGAAUCACUGCGCGCGAGGCAGUGACUCACUGCGCGGGUGGGGUAGCUUCUAGGGGGUCCCGUGUGAGCCAGAGGAGAGUGGAGGCCAGACACUACGGAAGCCGGCCCACGGCGACCAUGCCGCGAGAUCCCGGCAAGGGAGCCACCGUGGGCGGAAAAGCGGGGGGCGGCUCUGUCUGGCUGGGUGUGCGUGCCGACGAUUAUUGUCGCGGCGCCUGCCGUUGAAAGACUGCCCACACCUUGCAGGCGGCCGCCGGGGGCUUUCGGUGUUCAUCUAGCUGGUGCUUGGUGCAGUCAGUGCAAACACCUCAGCGGCACCACCUCGCCGCGCAGAGAGAGGCGGCCGCGCAGCUGGUGCGUGCGUGUGUUUCGCGGUUUCGUUUCGGUCGUGUUCGGUUUGUUUCUCCUUUGCUGUCUUGCUCUUGCUGCAGGCCUUUGGCUUUUGCGCCUUACUUUUCGUGUGCCUUUUAUGUUCUUCGGGGUUCGCUGCGCAGGCUGUUGCCGCUGCUCUCUCAGCAGCCUUCUACGCUUCGCUGGUGUCGUUUGUGCUGAAAGCUGCGCUUCCUUGGUCUGGUUUCUCCUGCUCUCCUUUCAUUCUUGACCGCUGCCACCGUAAUCGAAUCAAUUCGAAGAUCGCCACUUCGACUACUCGGAGCUGAUGCACCUCAAUUCACCCCAGGUAAGGGUCAGCGUGCUUCUGUUGAAACUGUAACUCUUGGUGGAUCAGCACAAGAAAUGUCCCCCUAAUAUCACACUCAUAGAUACUCAACAAGCGGUGGCUCGCGCGAUAUUCAAUCAAGAUAUGACGAGUUGUCGGAGUAUACAAAGGCCCUGACAGAACGAAAGAGCGAACUUGAGCGAGAUAUCAAGGCGCUAAAAUCCGGGUCGGGAGGAAAAAAGGGGUACUUACUAGUUCCUACGAUGUUGAUUUGCCACUGUUACAACUCUAAGGAAAAAGCAAGCUAUUGAUGUGGCUCGCACUCUUCCCUUCUUCAGACUACAGAGUAUAGAGAUCUCAUGACUAGUUCUCACACUGUUUCUGACUUCAGCAAGAAACAACACCAGGUAUCAACUAUUCCAUGUGGCGAUUGCGAUUGGCGUGGCUUUGGUCCUGGUAAAAGCUGCAGAACACUUUCUCUCCGGAUCUUCUGGCACACCAGUCGUUUCGGUGACGACGCCCCCUGCCACUGCGAAGACAGCGAAAAAUUAUGGCACUGGCACUUAGAGUCAGACUUAAAACAAGUUAAACGUAUAUAAUUGUUGAACUUGCAUGAUGCUGAUAGAGUACUUAAAAAAUGUGAGAACCUACAACAUGCAGUUUUGUCAGAAAAUGGAAGCACAUCUGAAUCUACCCACCUCUAAAAAAAAGCGCCUGCUGCAAAGACCGAUCCAUCAGAACCCGAACUCACGGUGAAAUAAAGAGGACAAGCUCCAGGCGACAGAGGAAAGUCGAGCGUGUUGAAAGAUUGGAUGGUCGUGUCUCUGUGUAAACUACUUGCAAUUAGUCUCUUAUUCGUUGUAUGUGAUUAUAAUCCAUGAUCGUGAUGAUGUACAUAAUGGUACAUCAUUUACCAUCACCCCCAGACCAUCCGAGAUGAAAAAAUGGGUCAUAUUAUCCUACAAACUUGUUACUAGAUGAUUGAAGUAGUCACUUUUUGUCUAUGGAGCAUUGUUUCUGAAGUAUAUCUUCAAAGAUGUUGUCGGUCGAAAUGGCCAUAUCUGUCAUAAAACUAUAGUUUUUUCCCUCGUCAGAAUUGACUGAGACAAUUUCCUAUUUCGAUGUAUACUUCCCCAAGAACAAAAUUCGUGGCGAAUGCGAACCCUCCCGAAGAUCGGAUGACUACUUUCCCCAUAAUUAAGAAGAAAUUUGUCGUGUAAACAUGCGAUUACAACAAGUAGAGCAAGUUUCUCUCAUCUGAGCGGCGCUACUAGCAGGCGUUGCCUGUGCCUUGUGAAUCAAAAGCGGCAGGACUUGCGCAAACAAGUAGUUCUCGUUUGAACUUUAUUGGCUGCAGGCAGCAACAGGAGAUAUAAUUAUAAAUACAGGUCGUGGCACUUCCUCCGGUCAGGGAAAGGAUCGAGUGCGUAUUUGUGUGAGGAG